UCUUCUGCAAGUGCUUGAUGUUAGACUGUCUGGAUGUUUACAGCUUCCGGACACAGUAAAGCAUUUUAUAGCCCGCAAAAUACUUUUGAACAGUGUGUAAGAUUACACAUGCGUAUAUCCUGGAAUCAAAAUCUUUGGUGAUAGAAGACACAGAACGCAUUGCUACAUCUUGUGAUGAUUUGAAAGUGUUGUUACAUUUUAUUCAUGUUUUUAUGAAGAGUACCUUGUCAAAAAUAUGUUCAAAUUAUUAGUAUGAGAUAACGCUGUGGUUAUCUGUACGGUUAUCCAGAUUUGGUGGGAGGCUCUAAUUAAAUAGAUAUAACCCAGGGAUAGGCCAUUUAUCUUUCAGUGAUAGGAAUCUUUAAUAUGCUCAAAGGAUUAUCCACUGUUCGACAAGUUAAUUUACAAUUGUCUCUGACUUUACUUCCUCAUAAGGCAGCAAUAGAAAGUAAUAUUCCAAGGACAGAUAUGAAAUACUGUUCAUUGAAAAAACAUAUUGAGGGAGUAUGAUGAUAAUAUUUUAUGAUCUGCAGCCUUCGGUAAACAUAUAAAUGCUGGAAGAUGCCAGUUGUAAAUGUUCAUAAUCUGCUGUGUGGCUGAAACCAAGGAGCUGCCCUUCUGAAUGGGUUUGUGAAAUACCUGAAGAACUUUGAAUCUAUAGUUGGUGAUUUUGCCUCUGUAGCUUUUUCCAGGUAUAACACUGUAUUGUGCUGAUUAGCAUUCCAAAGAUGGAGGAUAAUUCAAAUCAUUUACUGACAAACCAGGAGGUGAACAGAUCAUUUUUCACAUUUUUUUCUGAAUUCAGGACCUCCGACCAAAUCGUCACAGUCACUAUUGAGUCCGUGGUACUUGGGACGGUUUUUCUGAUCUCCAUGUUGGCUAAUGUCUGCAUGAUCGUACUUGUGGUAAAGGGCAAGAAGCUGGCCAAUUUUCAGUGCUUUGUGCUAAACCUCUUCUUGGCUGAUAUUGUGUUUGUGGGGGUCACCCCAGUCAUCAUCACUGUUCGCUGGACUGAAUCCUGGACCCUUGGACCUCACGUGUGUCACAUACUGUUCUACAUCAUGGCCACAAGUGGCUGUGUGACCAUCAUCACCUUAGCUGCCAUUAGCGUCGAGAGAUUUACCGCCAUUUUGAGUCUGCGCUUGAGGUCUCCUCUGCAUUUCAAGUGGGUGACUGCAGUUGUGCUGACCAUUUGGUUGUUUUCAGCCGUUACAUCUCUGCCGCUGUGCCUUUAUUUUCAGAUGAUGACUGUUCAGGUUAAAGGCCAGGUAAGACUGAUCUAAAUCAUUUAAUGUGUCGGAAGGUUUACACCGAAGAUAGACACAAAUUGCUGGAGUAUCUCAACAGGACAGGCAGCAUCUCCCGAGAGAAGGAAUGGGCAAUGUGUCGAGUUCCUUCUCUCCAGAGAUGCUGCCUGUCCCGCUGAGUUACUCCAGCAUCUUAUGUCUAUCUAAAUAAUUUAAUGUCAGUCCAGCACAUGGCAAUCUUGAAAUAUUAAUAAAGAUUUGCACUGAAGGAUUUGAAAUUAUCAUUUUAAUCCCAGGUCUACAACAACACAGAAGGAUUGGCUUAGACAAAAAUGCUGGAGAAACUCAGCGGGUGAGGCAGCAUCUAUGGAGCGGAAAUAGGCAACGUUUCAGGUCGAGACCCGAAACGUUGCCUAUUUCCUUCGCUCCAUAGAUGCUGCCUCACCCACUGAGUUUCUCCAGCAUUUUGUCUACCUUCGAUUUUCCAGCAUCUGCAGUUCCUUCUUAA